AUGGUCGAACCAAACCCUCUCCCCAACGGCCAUCCAGGCUCAAUCCUCCUCUUCACCUACCCCCAAUCCGUCUUCGGCCACCGCAUCCGCCGCUACCUCGACUUCCGCUCACUCCCCUACACCCUCAUCCGCGUACCCCCCAACAUGCCCCGUCCCCUCCUGCAGCUCCGUCUCGGAGUAAACUACCGUCGUAUACCCAUCAUGUCCAUCGGACGGGACAUCUACAUCGACACCCGACUUAUGAUAUCGAAAUUAGAGACCCUGUUCUCGGAGGGUGCGCUCGGGGCGAAGACACCGUUUGAGGCUGCGUUGGAAGAUAUGUUGGAGGAGUUUAUGGUUGACGGAGGACCGUUUUGGCGUAUGGCGGGUUGUAUUCCUCCCAACGCGGAUUUGAUGCAAGAUUCCGUGGGGGUGGCCGAUCGCUCGGAAGGGUCGGGUGGGGCGUUUACAAAGGAAGCGUUGAAGGAGAAUCGGGCGUGGAGUUUAACGCAGGUGAAGGUGUAUUUCGGGAUGAUGGAGAAGAUGUUGGGGGAUGGGAGGGAGUGGGUGAUGGGUGGUGCGGAGCCGGGAUUGGCGGAGAUUCACGCGGGGUGGGUGUUUGAGUGGGGAGUGGGGAUGACUGGGAGUGGGGAGGACGAGGGUACGGAAGAUCUGAAAAGGACGUUGAGUAGGGAAGAGUUUCCGAGGGUUUGGGCUUGGACGGAGAGGUUUCGGCAAGCGGCGGAGGAAGCUAGGAGGGGUAAUGAAGGCGCGGUAGAGAUGCAGGAAGGGCAGGAGGCAGAGGACGAGACGGUGUUGAAGGUUGAUCUGGAUGAUGCGUUGGGGUUGAAGGCUGGGCAGAGGGUUGAAGUGGCGCCGGCGGACUUUGGGUUCACGCAUAAGAAUGAAGGUGUUCUCGUUGGGUUGACGAAGGAUGAAGCGGUGAUUGAGAUUGAUGUUCCUGGCGAAGAAGAUGGGAAGUUGAGGCUGCAUUAUCCUCGCAUCAACUUCAAGAUCGAGGCGGUGGAGUAG